AUGCCUCCUCGCGGUCGCCCUCGUGCGGCCGAAUCCGAUCCUGAAUCGCUACCCGACAGACCAUCUCCAUCGUCCCUCGAGGAACGCGAACCGCCUCCGCCCUUCUUCAACACUACCUUUUCCACCCAUCGCGCAUCGCCGCUCUUCGUCGGCGCCAACACCCUAAGCUUUCCUCGAUUGCAGACACUGUCGCAGCGCUUACGCGACACGCUCGUGGGAGACGUCGUCAGAGGUGUACAGGUUGGGCUGGAAGGCAGCGACAGCUCUCUAGGACGCGCCGGUCCGUUGGAAAAAGUUGGCAUCCGAUGGGUCGGUGUUGAAGCACUACUGGGCGCCGCCGACGAUACAGACCCAGAUCUGAGCAGAGAUCUUGUCAGCGAUGCUUUUGGAGCCGACGAUGCGGCCCGAAAGAAGAGAUGUCUCGUCUUCGAGAUGAGAUACGAGAACGCGCUGUGCACAGCUGUCCUGCUACCAUCGCUCUCUGAAAAGAUGGCGGAGGAGUCUACCGGUGGACUACAGUCGGCCAAUAACCUCGGCGUGCCCGGUUUACUUGCCAGCAGCGGCUCAAAAGAUGACAGGCACUUUUUACAUCUGCCUCUGCUCCUCCUGCGCAUGCCAGCACCUCUGAAAACAGUUAUUGUCGACUUCCUAUCAAGCACAUUCGACUGCCGCAUCAGUCCUUUACGCCUCGGUACGAAGGGCCUUACCACGGCAUGGGAGAGAUGGAUCGAGGAUGCCGGACUCCCCGCACAGGGCCCUCUGGCAAAGGACAUGGUCUUGACCCUGGGCUUCUACAUACCACCAGCAGUGACUUCAGAUGGCACAGACGAACAGCCCCCAGACGGACUUGGGAUCAAGUCUAUCGACAUCAUCAUUCCGGCCGAGGAGCUUAAGCGGUUUACAAAGGAAGGAAGAGCCCUCACGAACCCGACACUUACCAACAAGACGGGUCUCACUCAAGGCUACCAAGACGAUCCAAGAAAGAGAAAGAAGCUCGCGGGCGGCAAGGCGGACGAAGGAUGGGGAUGGGUUGACGGUGAGGGCGACCAGCAAGAAGCAUUCUUACAUGCCUUGGGGGCCUACUUAGAAAAGCAUCUCGCCCUCAAUCUCUUCCAUCCGGGCGUGAGAGUCACCAAGAUUGCUUGCGGCGGGUUCGUGCUCUCAGAGGGACGUGUCAAGGUGUUUGUUCCACCUGGUGACGACGACGAGGUUUUUGAACCGGUCAGAAGUCUGAUCAGCGAUCUCAUCGCCAGCGCCAACUCUUGA